GUCAGCUCUAAUCACAAUUCCUCUCUCUCUUUCUCUCUCUCUUAUCAAAUGGAGCACAACCAAAUACGUUUCUUUGGUUUCUCACCAUCAUUAGCUUCUCCUAAUUUCUCAUCGAGCACUGCUUCAAAUAUUCCUCAAUUGUUUCCUCAUGUUCAUAGUAGCAAUGCAGUUCCGAUGGACAAAUGCGGAACCUCCUAUAGUUCAGUGAACAAAUUGAAAUCGAUAAGGAAAGACUGUGGUGACAAGGAGACCAAGAAGCACAAAAUUGCAUUCCAAACAAGGAGCCAAGUUGAUGUACUUGAUGAUGGAUAUCGGUGGCGAAAAUAUGGGCAAAAAACUGUUAAGAACAGUAACUUUCCCAGAAGUUACUACAAGUGCACACAUCAAGGGUGCAAUGUGAAAAAGCAAGUCCAACGCCUUUCCAAAGAUGAGGAAAUUGUGGUGACUACAUAUGAAGGAAUACACAUCCAUCCCACUGAGAACUCUGAUGAAACCUUUGAGCAUAUCUUAAGCCAUAUGAGGAAGACAGUCAAAGAUGGCAUAAAAUGACUAAAACACUUGAUGAUAUGUAU